AUGGAUGAUCCUUCCAGCCAGCUUCGAUCUUACCCACUGGAUUAUCAGGUUUCUCGACUGAAUUCCCAGUUCUUUGAGCUACAUCUCUUACGUUUUGUAUCUUACCUAGAGGCAUUGCAGCGUGAUGUCUACAUGAAAAAAAAUUAUGUAGGCUUUAUUGAAUUCCCACAUUACAUCAUGUACAUACUUCUUAAUGCUGAGAGAGUAAUUAUAUUCUUUCUAGGGUACUUCAUGGAUCAUGCAGUGGAACUAAAGGAUAUGCCCGUCAGAACAGUGUGCUGCAGUACAUGUUACAGAGCAGAAACGGAUACAGGCAGGGAGACGUGGGGACUAUACAGAGUUCACCAUUUUACAAAGGUUGAAAUGUUUGGUCUCACAGCAGAUGAAACCGGCAAAGAAAGUGAUGAGCUGUUGAUGGAGUUUCUUUCUAUACAGAAAGAAAUCUUCUCUGAGCUUGGACUUCAUUAUGUGGUUUUGGAUAUGCCAACUCAAGAACUUGGACUUCCAGCAUAUAGGAAAUUUGACAUUGAGGCCUGGAUGCCCGGAAGAAACAAAUAUGGCGAGAUUUCAAGCACAUCAAACUGUACAGACUACCAAAGCAGAAGGUUAAACAUCAUGUAUUACAAUGCAUCAGGUGAACUGAAGUAUGCACACACGAUCAAUGGAACAGCAUGUGCUAUUCCUCGUACCCUGAUUGCCAUAUUGGAAUCUAACCAGUUAAAGGUCAGUAAAAUUUAA